AUGCUGUUUUUCAGGAUAUCGAAAUUCAUUGCGCUAGCCCAUUUAAUAACGGCAAGAGUAAGUGGGCUGGGCCAUUUAUGUAAUAAAAACGAUGGACAAAGGCACGAAACGGGAAACUCUACACGUGUUGUGCCAUCAUCGCAUGCUCUCUCUCUCUCUCUCUCUCUCUCUCUCUCUCUCUCUUCUCCGUUAUUGUACUUUUUUCCCCGUUUCAAUUCACCCUCCUCCACAGUUAAUUCCCGUUUUACCCCUUCGUUCCUACUAUUCAAGCUUAUCUACUCUACUCAAAGGGGAUCUGUCGUUAGUUGGAAACAAGUUAAGUUAGGUAGCAAACUGAGCCUUAAAGCUGAGGCACGUUGCGGAGUUUGCGGUGAAACCAAGACCAUAGCAAGAAUAUCAGAAACCCAAUCUAUAAGUGUGGAUUUUCCACUUUCUAGAGGCAUUGCACAGCUGCUUCCAAAACUCUUAAAUCACUGGGCUCUUUUUGUGAACGAAGGAAACUACAUGAAAGCUAUAUCGAUUUUUGAUAAGGUGCUGAAAGAAGAACCGACUUAUCCUGAGGCACUUAUAGGAAGAGGGACGGCUUAUGCAUCCCAACGAGAGCUUGAAAAUGCUAUAGCUGAUUUUACUAAGCUUGUGAGGCCUGGAAGAGGAGAGGACAGGCUCGUGCUGCUCUUGGGGAAUUUGCUGUGGUUCCAAGUCUUCUCCGCUUCUCUUCUUUCUUUAAUUAGAGCUAAAAGUAUGAACAAUAAAUAUAUUUUAUGGGACUCUGUUCGCCCCUGCACAUUUAUUAAUUGAUGAUAAGUAUCCAGUAAUUGGAUAAGCCUCUUA